AUGCCAGAGGCGGUAGGGCGGGAUGAGGUUUUGGGUACAGAAGUUGGGCCUGCGCCGCCGGUGCAGGAGGUCGAUAUUGCGGUUGAGAAAUCUCUGGAUGCGGAUGCGGAUGCGGAUGUAAUGCAGCAAGACGAUAUUGCGGUUGUUCCAGAGGCAGUAGUAGUACCGGAAGUUGGUAUUGCAGUGCAGCAAGACGACUUUGCGGCGAAUGCGAUGGUUGUGGACGAUACAGAUGCAGCACUGGAAGUUGGGUUUGUGGUUAAUGGUAAUGAGGUACAUGAGGACGAGUGCUUGGUCGGAUCGGCUUUGGAUGCAGAUGCGAUGUGUGAAGGCGAGCUUCCGGUCAAUGUUUCGGAACACGUUAAUGCUUCGGCUGCGGUCAUUUCUUUGGAUGGCGCGGUCAAUGCUUCAAACGCGGUCAAUUCUUCGACCACGGUCAACUCCCCAGACAUGGCCACAGCCCAAUCAUCCGACCUCGACACCCUCUACGACCACGACGACUUCCCCCCCGAAGACCCCUUCCCCAAAACCCCACGCAGCACAGCCAUCAACGGCCAACCCGCCUGCACACUACACCGCUCGCCCACCUGCGACGCCGAGUCGUGCGUGCACGAGUUCUUCACAACAUACUGCCCCCUGGAAGACGUGCCCCUCGGCGACCUCGUGUACCCGGACUACGUGAACGCCCCGCGGCGGACGCAGGCCGCCGCCGACGGCGCGCAGGAGGUGCUGCAUGCGCCUGUUGCGCGGAAGGAGCUGCUUGCGGUCAUGAUUGCCGCGGGCGGGCUGGCGGGCUAUCGCCGGCUGCCGUAUCUGACGGCGGAGGCGAGGGAGUUCUUGAGGUGGCAUGCGGAGAGUGUGUUGGGGGAGUUGAGGAAAGUUGAUGGGGAUCUGCUCCAUGUGCAGUUCACGGUCCGGGAGAUACUGAAACUCAUCCCCGCCGUGCGCGCCUACGCCCUCGAGAACAAGAUCCGCCUCCCCACCUUCAGUGCCAGCCCCACCCCCUCCCCGGACCAGCUCGUACGCGACCUCUACAGUCUCCUCACCUACACCUUCAGCCACGACAACGACACCAAGGCCCUCAUCAACCUCUUCCUCACCACCACCGGCUUCACGCUCCCCGGCCGCCAACCCGGCGACAUCCAACGCUUCAUCUGGGACGCCUACAACACCGUCCCGGACCUGCGCGACCCCGCCAUCAUGGUCGCCGUCUCGCGCCUGCCCUCCUUCCGCAGCGCCCACAACACCGCCAACAGCAGCAUGCGCGCCCUCCAGCGCGAGCUCGGCGUCAUAGACCUCGAUCCGCUGCGCGAUAUGCAGGCCCGCCACAACUGGACCAUGCGCCGGCUGCGCCCCGUAUGGACGUUCAACGGCGGGAGCAGCGACAUCCACGACGCGCAGUGGACGCCCGACGGCGAGCGCUUCGCAAUGAGCACGCCGUGCACGAGCGACGAGUACAACCGGCCCGGCAACCUCAUGCUCGGCUUCACGAAUGCGGGGCCGCCGCGGGUGAAGAUGCUGUAUCGGCAUGCGCUGCGGGUGCGGCCGGCGGCCGGCGGUGGCGGGGUGAUGGAGCGGUAUGAGUAUACGAGUGUGCCGUCGAUCCGGUUUGGGGGCGAUGGGCGGCUGCUGCAUAGUUGUGGGCUGGACGGGUGUGUGAAGACGUGGAGCGCGAGGGAUGGCAGGUGGUUGGGGGAGUCGGCGUUUGAUGACCAGGUUGUGGUGAUGGAGACGAGUGCGGCUGUGGACGGGUUGUUGGCGGCGGGGCGGUCGAAGGGUGCGGUGGCGGUGAUGCAGGUUAAUCCGGAGGGGAAGCAUGAGUCGGUGCGGAGUCUGAACCUCUUUGAUAAGACGAACAAGAAUAAGGUCUAUCCCGCGGCGCUGGCCUGGGGCGGCGUGGGGUUCGAGAACCUCUUGGUCGUGGGGUAUGAUAAUGAGGGGAAUAAUAGCAAGAGCGGUGGGCUCGGCGUCUGGGAUGUGGAGAAGGAGGUGAACCUGUUUAAGUAUUGGGGCCAUAUCAAGCACCCGCAGAGACACUUUGACGUGCGCAUGGGACAGCGCGGGAGGUUUGUUACGGGCAGUCUCCGCCCGGGGAAGGCGGCGGGGUCGAUUGUGAGGCUAUGGGAUCUAAACACCAUGAGCGAAGUAGUGGAGUGCAUCAGUAACCAGUCGGACCUCAACUGCGUCACCAUCUCGCCCUGCGAGCGCUACCUCACCUCCUCAGGAACAACCAACAACACCCUCAUCUUCGACAUCCGCAACCCCUCCACGCCACUGCACUCGCUCCAGCACGGCGCCACCACAAUGCCCACCUCGGCCGAGACCAACCUCGCCGAGGACGACACGGGCGUCACAUUCAUCACCUGGUCGCCCUACAGCAGCACGCUCUUCACCGGCGGCUCCGACGGAAAGGUCAAGCAGUGGGAUCCGGCGCGGGCCGACCCCUUCCUCGCCGAUGUCGCAGCCGUUGAGUCGCAGAUCAUGACUGCGGCGUUUAGUCCAGCGUGGGACGCGCUGAUCAUUGGUGAGGCGAGUGGGCGGGCGACGCUGUUUGCCGUGAAUGGCGAGGAGGCGGAGGAGGGGGCGGUGGUGCCGGAGAUUGUGACGGAUUGGAGCGAGGAGAGGGCGUUGAUGAGGCCGGGUGAGGAUGAGGGGAUGAGGUGGAGUAGCUGGAAUGGAAGGCGAGCUGGGGCUGGGGCGGCGGUGGUGGGGGCGGGAGAGGAGGAAGAGGGGGAGGAGGAGAGUGGCGUGGCGUUGGGGAGGGAGAUGGUGGAAGAAGGGUGGAUGGCGAGGGAUCCGGAGAAUCCGAGGUAUGUUUGGGCCACGGAGAGGUAUAGUGCGUUGAAGGAGAAGGAGAGGAGGAGGAAGGGGAAGGGGGGAGGGGGAGGGAGGGCUUGA